GCACAAUUUUAGUAGGUACCCACCGGGCCGGCACCUGGUCACCGAACGUAAAAAAUUCUUAAUCAAGUGUGAACUACAUUAUAUUUUAUGAACAAUAUUAAUUGAAAAUGUGCCGAGACAUUAAGUGAAAGAAUUCCUAUAUUAUCGUUCAUGUAUUAUAAAAUGUUUAUCAUUUUUUUGAAAGUGAUUAUAAAUGUUGUGCCAAAGUUGAGUUGAGUGCAGUAUAUUUCUGACUUUCACAUCUAUAAAAUAUAAAGAUUUUGAAAAAUGACAAGUUUGAGUGAAAAAUCACAAGAUACCAAAAUUAAAAUGUCCCCAAUGAGGAAGGCCUUGCCACAAAUUCUAGCUGUGAGCGUUAAAAAUAUUUUGCUACUGGGAUUUGGUAUGACAUUAGGCUUCCCAACCAUUCUAAUACCUAGUUUAUCAGGAGGAAAUCAAGAUGAAAAAAUUUCUCUGGGACAAGACGCUAUAUCAUGGAUAGGUUCAGUAAAUCUUCUAUGUGUUCCAUUGGGUUGUUUACUCUCAGGCGCAGUAACCCAACCGCUGGGACGAAAAAGGGCAAUGCAAUUUGUUAAUUUACCCUUUUUAGCGGCUUGGUUACUGUUUCAUUACUCUACAGAGUCAUGGCACGUGUUCUUGGCUCUGUGUAUGACUGGUUUCAGUGGUGGACUUCUCGAAGCACCUGUACUCACCUAUGUAGCCGAAAUAACCGAACCAGCCCUCCGAGGCGCUCUAUGCGCCACCAGUACUAUGGCUGUCAACUUUGGUAUAUUCAUCUCCUUCUUCCUAGGCACCUUUUUGGAAUGGCGUACCGUGGCUUUAGUGAACUCAUCAGUGCCACUAGCAGGUUUUAUUUUAUUAAUAUUUGUACCGGAAUCGCCUUAUUGGUUGAUUGCCAAAGGACGUCAUGAAGAAGCUAGAAAAAGUUUAGCCUGGCUCAGAGGAUGGACUGUAAAAAGUAACAUUGAAGUUGAAUAUUUGAAAAUUAAAGAUGAAUUAGAUAAGAAUCCCAUGUUGAGGAAACAUAGGGUGGUCGAAAUCUUGAAGCUCUAUUUGAAGCCCACUUUUUGGAAGCCAUAUUUGUUAAUAUCCCUGGUGUUCUUUUUCGCGCAUUUUGGUAAUACUCCUAUUACCGCUUAUGCUAUAAGAAUCUUUAAUUCUUUUGAAGUUCCAAUUAGUCCUUAUUAUGCUACAGUCUCUAUAAGCGUAGUACAGCUCUUAGCAGUGGUGAUAUAUGUAUUUUCCAUUAAAUAUUUAGGCAAAAGACGAUUGGUGGCAAUAUCUUUAACUUUUCUCGCUAUAUUAUUUUCUAUAGCAGGAACUUACAGUUACAUUUUUGAUGUUUCAAAUCUAACCGACGAAAAUCAUGGCUUAAAUUCAACUUGGAUACCGUUAGUUGCUUUGAUACUUCAAGCAUUCUUCUGCUACUUGGGUAUCAAAAGCCUGCCAUUCAUCCUAGUAGGUGAACUUUUUACCAAUGACGUAAGAGCAUAUGCUUCAGGCCUGAGUGCUGGAACAGGUUACGUUUUUGGAUUUGUCUCGAAUAAAAUUUUCCUUGAUUUAGUGGACGUAUUCAAAUUGUAUGGAGUUUUUUGGUUUUAUGCUGCAGUAGCUGCUAUAGGUUUGAUAUCGCUACAUUUCCUGCUACCCGAAACUGAGGGUUGGACUUUGGGAGAGAUUACUGAACAUUAUGCUGGUGGAAAAAGGCUUGGAAAUAAAGUUUUUAAAGGAAAGAAGGGCUUGGAACAAGCUUCUGUGCUAUAAAAUUGGAUAGACUAAUAUUUUUUAUUUGUUUUUUUUUUUUUUAAAUAAAUUGAAAUAUAAAUAAUUAUUGUUUUUAUUUUUAGUCUCAGCUUUGUAAAUAUUCAUUAGCAGCAAAGUAGAUUUUUAGUUUUGAAUCCUAUUGGUUGAAACCGAGGCAAUAGGAACCAAUAACACAGCAAGAAAACAGUUAUUUAC